UUUCAAGCGGCGGGCGCGGCUCCACUUGGCAUCUGGGCAGCGGGUCUGGGGUCAGUCUUGGGAAGCCACCCGGUGACUGGUUUUGCAGCUGGUAAUUCAGUGGGGCUCAGCUGUGGCCUGAGUGUUAGCCCCUGUAGGGAGCAGACGCCUGCCUGCCGAGCAACACCUUCUAAGCAAUCAGAACUCAGGAAACCAGAGGGAUCUGUGAAGAGAGGGAAGCCCAGAAGGAGGCCAGAGCUCCAAGGAGCCCUGCUUCUCAGGGGUCCCUUAGGUGCUGGUGGCGACCUGUCAUUUGGUAGCAAGGUCCCCACAGGAGGAUGGAAGUUGAAGACUCUGGGUAUGAGUUAAGAGAGCUAUUCUGAGAGCAGCAGUGGUCUGUGGGGUUUGCUCUAUGCUGAGUGUGCGGUCAGUUAUCUCAUCCCACCAGGUACAAAAUUGUAAAUGCUGGCUCCCCCAGAACCUGGGGGCCUUGUCCCCUUCACUAGAGAAUCUCUUGAAGUCAUAAAACAGCACAUUGCUAAAAACCACAGUGAGGAACAUGAAGAAGAUUUAAAGCCAAACCCUGACUUGCAAGAUGGCAAAGAGCUUCCAAUUAUUUAUGGAAAUCUUUCUCGAGGAAUGGUGUCAGAGCCAUUGGAAGACGUGGACCCCUACUACAAGGGAAAAAAUACUUUCAUGGUAUUAAAUAAAAAGAGAACAAUCUUCAGAUUCAAUGCUGUUUCCCUCUUUUGUACGUUAUCUCCUUUCAACUCUGUUAGAGGAACAACUAUAAAGGUUUUGGUACAUCCAUUUUUCCAAUAUUUAAUUUUAAUUUGUGUCCUUAUUGAUUGCACAUUUUUGUCCAUGACUAAUAUGCCAAAAUGGGGAACAGCAGUAGAGAAUACGUUGCUUGGAGUUUACACAUUUGAAAUAUUUGUAAAACUGCUUGCAAGAGGCAUCUGUGCAGGAUCCUUUUCUUUUGUUGGUGAUCCGUGGAACUGGCUCGAUUUCAGUGUAACUUUGUUUGAGCUUUUAGCAAGAUAUUCACCUCUAAACUUGAUUCUAAAGCUUGAAAUUGUUAGAACUUGGAGAAUUUUGAAAAUUAUUCCUUUAAAUCAAGGUCUGAAAUCCCUUGUAGUUAUCCUGAUUCAUUGCUUAAAGAAACUCCUUGGUGCCAUUAUCUUAACUUUGUUUUUCCUGAGCAUAUUUUCUCUAAUUGCAAUGGGACUCUUCAUGGGUAAUCUGAAGCAUAAAUGUUUGCGAUGGCCCCAGGAAAAUGAAAAUGUAACCUUGCACAACAGAGCUGGAAAUCCAUAUUAUAUCCGAGAAACAGACAACUUUUAUUACUUGGAAGGAGAAAGAUAUGCUCUCCUGUGUGGCAACAGAACAGACGCUGGUCAGUGUCCUGAAGGAUAUGUGUGUGUCAAAGCUGGCAUAAAUCCUGAUCAUGGCUUCACCAGUUUUGACAAUUUUGGCUCAGCAUUUUUGUCUUUAUUUCGGUUGAUGACUCAGGAUUACCCAGAAGCACUUUAUCACCAGAUUCUUUAUGCCUCUGGGAAAAUCUACAUGAUCUUUUUUGUUGUGGUGAGUUUUUGGUUUGCCUUUUAUAUGGCAAGUUUGUUCUUAGGCAUAUUUGCUGUGGCCUAUGAAGAAGAAAAGCAAGCAGCUGCUGAAAGAUCCAUGAAGAUUGGGCCAACAUUUCAACAGACUUUAAAAGAACUUCAAGAAAGAGAUGAAGUAGGAGAGAUAACACAAAUAGAAAUGAAGAAAAGAUCAUCAACUUCCAUAAACACGUCUGUGGAUAUAUUGGAAGAUACUACUCUCAGACAAAAAGAAGAAAUUAAAAAAUCCAAGAAGCUAUGCUCAUUGUGUUGGUAUAGGUUUGCUAAAACUUUCUUGAUAUGGAAUUGUUCUCCCUGUUGGUUAAAAUUGAAAGAGAUUUUCCAGAGGAUUAUUACGGACCCAUUUACUGAUCUUUUCUUUACCAUGUGCAUAAUUUUAAACAUAUAUUUUUUGGCUCUGGAACAUUAUCCAAUGAGUGAUGAAACCAACCAUCUUCUUAUCAUUGGAAACCUGGUUUUCAUUGGAAUUUUUACAGCAGAAAUGAUUUUUAAAAUAAUUGCCAUGCAUCCAUAUGGGUAUUUCCAAGUAGGUUGGAACAUUUUUGAUAGCAUAAUUGUGUUCCAUGGAUUAACUGAAGUUUAUCUAGCAAAUGUUGAAGGAAUGGCUCUUUUUCAAUCAUUAAGGAUGUUGCGGAUUUUCAAGUUGGGAAAAUAUUGGCCAACUUUUGAGAAGCUGAUGCUGACUCUUAGUAAUUCACUGGACGACCUGAAGGAAGUGAUCCUGCUGCUGUUCACGUUCGUUUUCUUUUCUUCUGUGUUUGGCAUGAAGUUGUUUGGUAGCAGUUACAGGACCUUUGUCUGCCGCAUCGACGAAGACUGCCGACUCCCGCGCUGGCACAUGUCCGACUUCUUCCACUCCUUCAUGAAUGUGUUCCGGAUUCUCUGUGGAGAGUGGAUAGAAACCCUAUGGGACUGCAUGGAAGUAGCAGGCCAACCUCAGUGUAUUUUGUUUUACAUGAUGGUUAUUUUAAUCGGAAACUUACUGAUACUUUACCUGUUUCUGGCAUUGGUGAGCUCAUUUAGUUCAUACAAUGCUGCAAAAACUGAAGAGAACAAUGAAACAAAAAAUCUCCAACUUGCAAUGGCAAGGAUAAAGAAGGGAAUAAACUAUAUGCUACUUAAAAUAUUAUGCAAAAAACAAAGUGCUCCAAGGGAGACAAUGAACCAAGUGAAUGACAUGUAUGUUAAAGAGAAUAUGUCUGACCAUACUCUUUCUGAACUGAGCAACACUCAAGAUUUCCUCAAGGAUAAGGAAAAAAGUAUUGGCACUGAGAAAAACACCAUGACUGAAAAUGAGAAUCUGUCACUUAUGCCCAGUCCUAGUGUCUCAGAAACAGUGCCAAUUGCCUCAGGAGAAUCUGAUAUAGAAAAUCUGGAUAACAAGGAGAUUCAGAGCAAGUCAGGUGAUGGAGACAGCAAAGAGAAACUGAAGCAGUCCAGCUCAUCUGAAUGCAGUACAGUGGACAUUGCUAUCUCUGAGGAAGAAGAUAUGGUCUAUGAACAUGAAAAGCCAAAGCAUCUGAAAAAUGGUUGUAGACGGAGAUCUUCACCUGGUCAAAUCAGUAGACUAUCUAGGAGAGGAAAAAUCUGGCAGAACAUAAGGAAAACUUGCUGCAAGAUAGUUGAAAACAGUUGGUUCAAGUGUUUCAUUGGACUUGUCACUUUAUUCAGCACAAGUGCUCUGGCUUUUGAAGAUAUAUAUAUUGAUCAGAGAAAAACUAUUAAAAUAUUAUUAGAAUAUGCUGACAUGAUCUUCACUUACAUAUUCAUUCUGGAAAUGCUUCUAAAGUGGAUUGCCUAUGGUUUUAAAGCUUAUUUCUCUAACAACUGGUACAAACUGGACUUCAUGGUUGUUAUUGUGUUUUGUCUUAGUUUAAUAGGCAAAACUCGAGAAGAGCUAAAACCACUUUGUUCUAUUAAAUUUCUACGGGCACUCAGAGUUCUAUCUCAAUUUGAAAGAAUGAAGGUGGUUGUGAGAGCUUUGAUAAAAACUACUUUACCAAGUUUGAAUGUGUUUCUGGUCUGCCUUAUGAUCUGGCUGAUUUUUAGUAUCAUGGGAGUGCACUUAUUUGCUGGGAAAUUCUAUGAAUGCAUUGAUCCAACAAGUGGAGAAAGGUUUUAUGUAUCUGAAGUCAUGAAUAAGACUCAGUGUGAAAGUCUUGUUUUUAAUGACUCCAUGCCAUGGGAAAAUGCAAAACUAAACUUUGAUAAUAUUGGAAAUGGUUUCCUUUCUCUGCUUCAAGUAGCAACAUUUAAUGGAUGGAUCACUAUUAUGAAUUCAGCGAUUGAUGCUGUUGCUAUAAAUAUGCAGCCUACUUUUGAAUACAACCUCUACAUGUAUUUUUAUUUCAUCAUCUUUAUUAUCUUUGGAUUAUUUCUCCCUCUGAGUAUGCUGAUCAGUGUGAUUAUUGCGAAUUUCAACAAGCAUAAAAUAAAGCAGGGAGGUUCAAAUAUCUUUAUAACAGCAAAGCAAAAGAAACAAUACCGUGAGUUAAAGAAACUGAUGUAUGACAACUCUCAAAGACCGGUACCACGUCCAGGAAACAAGUUCCAAGGAUUAAUUUUUGACUUGGUAACAAGUCGAGUUUUUAACGUCGUCAUCAUAGUUCUUAUCUGUUCCCAAGUAAUUACCUUCAUGAUACAAAGUGAUGAACAAAGUCCACAAGUGGAGCGUGCUGUCUACUGGAUUAGCUCAGUCUUUGUUAUGCUGUAUACUUUGGAAUGUCUACUGAAGCUCGUCUCUUUCCUUUGUUACUAUUUCACCAUUGUGUGGAACAUUUUUGAUUUUAUGGUGGUCAUUUUCUCCAUUACAGGAUUAUUACUGCCUAUCACAGUAGGAUACUACCUUGUGCCUCCCUCCCUUGUGCAACUGAUACUUCUCUCACGGGUCAUCCACAUCCUACGUCUUGGAAAAGGCCCAAAGGUGUUUCAUAAUUUGAUGCUUCCUCUGAUUUUGUCACUUCCUGCAUUGUUGAACAUCAGUCUUCUGAUCUUCCUGGUCAUGUUUGUCUAUGCCAUCUUUGGAAUGUACAACUUUGCCUAUGUUAAAAAAGAAGCUGGAAUUAAUGAUGUGUCCAACUUUGAAACCUUUGGUAGCAGUGUGCUUUGUCUUUUUCAAGUUACAAUAUUUGCUGGUUGGGAUGGGAUGCUUAAUGCAAUUUUCAACAGUAAAUGGUCUGACUGUGAUCCUGAUAAAAUUAACCCUGGGACUCAGGUUCGGGGAGAUUGUGGUAACCCCUCCAUUGGGAUUUUUUAUUUUGUCAGUUAUAUACUCAUAUCAUGGCUGAUCAUCAUAAAUAUGUAUAUUGUUGUCAUCAUGGAGUUUUUAAAUAUUGCUUCUAAGAAAAAAGCCAAAACCUUGAGUGAAGAUGAUUUUAGGAAAUUCUUUCAGGUGUGGAAUAGGUUUGAUCCGGAGAGGACCCAGUACAUUGAUUCUAGCAAACUUUCAGAUUUUGCAGCUUCUCUUGAUCCACCUCUUUACAUGGCAAAACCCAACAAAGGCCAGCUCAUUGCUAUGGAUCUUCCCAUGGCUGUUGGAGACAGAAUUCAUUGCCUGGAUAUCUUACUUGCUUUUACAAACAGAGUGAUGGGUAAAGAUACAAGGAUGGAGAAAAUCCUUUCCGAGAUAGAAUCAGGAUUUAUGUUAGCCAACCCUUUUAAGAUCACAUAUGAGCCAAUCACAACUACCCUAAAACGAAAACAAGAGGCAGUUUCAGCAACCAUUAUUCAGCGUGCUUAUAAAAGUUAUCGCUUAAGGCAAAAUGACAAAAAUAGAUCAAAUAUCCAUAUUCUAGAUGGUGACGGAAAUGUUCAAACUUCUAGAGAAGGUGACUAUUUUGAUAAAGCCAAAGAAAAGUGAACCAAAGACAGAUCUAAACUUACCACUUCUUGGGCUUCAUGUAGCCAGAAAUAUUCAAGCUCAAGUCAGAAAUUAAGGAAAGAUCAGAAAAACUGAGGUGAUAAUCCAUUGUUUAUAACCUGGGCUAAUUAAGUGUGUGUUUGCAUGACUCCAUGCAAAUUCACAUUUUAUCUUUACAUAUUCAUUUUACUCAAUCUAUUAGGAAAGAUAAUCCUUCAAAAUUGCUGAAGUGAGUUGAAGUGCGUUAAAGUUGCCAUUUAUCCAAUGUUGUCUUCUUUAUCUGAAUUUUGUGGUGUAUACCUCUUCUAAAAGAGUAGGGAGGUUCUAAUAGAGAUUAGCUGCAAAGGAGGGACUUCCUUAUGUAUUAUAUGUAAAUGUAUAACUUAAUACACGUUUAAUAACCGCAUUAGGACCUAGUUAAAUAUAAGUACUAUCUUAUUUGUGGAUGGUAUUUUUAAAAUAAUGAAGUGUUUUAGACUAUUAAGUCAAAAUUUUGUCCUGACAAAUGCCAGAGGCGGAAGGGCAAGGACAGUUCUUUAGAAAGUGCCUUUGAGAUCAGACACAGAGACUGAAAAAGAUUGGUUGAAGCCUUAUUGUUUGCUAUUAAUGUUGUUUGGAUCAAUAUUGUUUCAAUUUCUCGGGCUCAUAGUUUCUCUUCUGUUUAACUGGGGUUCCAGCCUAAGCUCCAGCUCUUCAUGAGGAUCUAUUUACAGGACAAAAAGCAUAAAGGGAACUGGUUAUGGCCUACAUUGUCUCAUAUUCUUUUAUUUGCUCUUUUCUUUAAAAAAACACACAUUUACUAAAAUUAUCAUAAUAGAUAAUAUGUUAAUAAGCUUAAGUUUUACCUUAUUUUUAAAAUUAUAUAUUUUACUACUUAUUUGUAAUGUGACCUUAAAUAUGUAAGACCUAGUCAACUGUAUGUCAUUGUACAAAUUUGAAGUGUUGAGAGCUACCAUUAUUUCCAGAGAUUUUCAAUAUCUUAACCUGUAAUUCAGAAACUGCCAUUGCUUUGCAGUGCUUUUCACUACACUUUAUAACUUUAAGAAAAAAUGUGCAUUCAAACUAUGAGGACUGUGAAUCAGAAAGUGACAGUUUAAGUUCAUUGUUGUUUUAUAAUAUUAAUAUAGCAAGUUAAUUUUCACUUACUUAACUUUACAAGUAAUUUUUACUUUGUGUCAUCAUAUACAUAAUAACCCUGUAAGAUGUUUUAAACACUUCAAAAUUCUAAAUUAAUUUUCACUACUGGAAUUCUUUUUUAAAAAUAGUGACAAAUUGUUUGACAUUCAUAAAAUGGAUUCAUUUAUAUCCAUGUAAUUUGAUUCUGAUAUUUAUUUCACUUCUAUGAGGACUGAUUUCAAUUACUUGCAAAGUCCUAAAGAUUUCAAACAGAAAACAUUUGCAUUGUUGACUUAAAUAAAAAGUUUAAGUAUGUUGUAUGGCAUUUAUUAUAAUUUACAUUUCAGUAAUUAUAUUUCAUUAUGAAUGCAUGUUCUUGAGCCUUAAUUAUUAUAAUCAAUUUCUGCUCCUCAGAAAUUUAAUAACCUUACCAAAAUGCCUUUGGGGGGAUCCCCUAAAUAAAUGUAUUUCAGGUGUCUGCUUUUUCGUAAAAUGUUCCUUCCCUUUCUCCUGUUGUUCUCCAUCAUGUGCUGGGGACCAGCAAGGAAUCAGUGUUAACUUGGCAACAUGGUUACAGCUGGUGCUUUAUCUAAGCUUCUGAGUUUUCUAGUUAUUAGGAAUGCUUUAACAGGGAGCUGCUUCAGAUAUUUAAGCUGAGUCAUAAGUUGCUUCUGUAAAUUUUAUAAAAAAACAAAUUUUUUAAUUUGAAAAUUAUAGCUUUUACUGUAAACUGUAUUUGCCAGUAACUUUACAAAAACUAUGUAAAGAAUUAUUUUAACAAAGUCUUACAAUAUAAUCUACAUUUUACAUACUAUAGAAAAUAAUAAAUACAACCUGAUAACCACACUGA